AUGCAGCAGCGCAUGCGCGGCGCGCAACGACACCAGGUCCAGGAUGCUUCGUUUGACCUGUUUAUGUCCCUACCCGAGACGCACGACGCACCUGCCACCUCUCCGCAAGCAGAGGGCACGGACGAACCUCCUGCUGCAGCAACGUCCGCAGCUCAGCCGACGGAUGCUGUGCGCGCAACACCCAACUCGUCUGCUAAGAGGAGACGGCUCAGUGACGACGGACGUGCUGCACCAGGGGGAGGAGGAGAUGGAGGAGGAGAAGGAGGACGAGACGCACACGGUUCCAUAGCAACCAAGACAGCGCUGGCACCGCGCAUCUCGACAGAUUCCCAAGACCGGCCAGCGGAAGAGGAGAUUAGUGAAAGCCCCGUGGAUGCACCUGGGAGUGGGCGGCGGCAGUCGGUUGCCGCUGUAGUUAGUGCUGCUGCCACGAGCAGGAGUGCGGCUUUGCAGCAGAUUCUUUCCAACGCAGGCAGCAGUCGCAGCAGCCGGUCGAGCCGGUCGAGCGGAUCCCGCGCAGCGAACGCCAAGGACCGAGUUGUUGCGGCAUUGUCUUCAUCCCCGACGCCAACAACAACAGCAGCAGCAGCAGAAGUACGUGCCAACUCGCCACUGCCUGCGUCCUCCUCACCUCCCAUGCGAAGGAGUCGCAGGGGCAUAGGCGGUUUGGACGAGCUGUCGCCGGAGCUAUCGACCGUGGUCGACGUGCCAUCAACUGGUGGCGUUGGGGUUGACGCGGCCGCAAUGGAGACUGCAGAAACCACCAAGGCGGGGAUUCAAGGCAAAAAGGCUGGCGUGACGACGAGAGGUGGCAGCGGCGUGUUCUCGACGCUGGCCAAGUCCAAGGAAAGCGGUGCUAAUAGUGCCGACGAGCUGUCUUCGCCCACCCUGACCGUCGUUCUCGAGUCGCCUGACAACUCUGCAACUGGCGGCACGGUCGCGUCCUCCUCGCCCCUAGCCCGGAAGUCUACGGCUGGUACCCGGGCCGCACGCGCCGCAGCACGCGCGGCGGGAGCGUCGCGUUUGUCUGGCGAGUCCCAGAACUCGGAAUCAACAACACCGCAAGGACCCGCACGGAAAGGAAAUGGAAAAGACAAAGAGAAUGCGCCAGAAGAAGAACCUGACGAGCUUUCGCCCGACCAGCAGCAAGAGCAACAGCGGCCACCGCCACUUUCGCCAGCCACGGGCCGGACUAGCAGCCGCAUUCAGCGUGCGUCUGUCGUUCCCUCGUCCUCUCCAAUUACGCGGCCAACAAAACGGAUGCCAUUGCAGCCACCGACAUCUUCACCGAGACAACCAGCCGUGCGGUCGCCACGGCGAACACGCGGGCGGCCUCCUGCCAAGGCAAAAGCAAAAGAGUCCGUAGUUGCAGCAGUAGAAGCGGAGGCGGAGGAAGACGAAGACACGCAGGCCGAAGAGAUCGAUGCGCUUGAGGCAGCAAAUACUAUUGGACGGAAGCGACCACGGCGAGGUACUGCGCAUGAGCCGUCGCCAGAGCUUGGCUUGGAUCCGAAGCAGACAGAGCCUGGAGCAGAGGAGCCCGAAGUGGCCGCUGCACGGCCGGCGGCGAAGCGUAGGCGGCGCAAAGACCAGGAGCAAAGCACAGCUACUCAGAAGCAGCCACGGCCGCCCAAGGCAACCAACGCCAAGGCAUCCGUCAAACGGAAGCGACGGCAAGAUGAUGCCGGCGAACACGACGGCGACGAUAUCCACGGCGAGGAGGAGGGGGAGGAUCUCGAAGGUGUUGGCAAGGCAGCUAGUCGAAGUGGCAAAGGAGAAUCGGUGCCCAUUACUGUGCAACGCUUUUCGCAACUGCGGCGAAAGAGCCGCGGUACCGGCGCGAACGGCAACGACGAUGACGACAACGACGACGGCGACGACAACGACGAGCUUGCUACGGGUGGCGUCGACCUGUCCUUUGCCAACCGCAGUGGUGUCAAUGCAGUUGACGUGCUCGCCCAGAUCUGCGAAGACCUGGUCGAGCAGAAGCUACAGUCGCUCCACGAGAAGCACCAGCAACUGCGCCAGCAGCAGGCAGAGGCUGGAGACGACGGCCAACUGGCUGCGGCCCGCAAAGAAGCGAUUGUGGCCCGCCGCGCCAUCGAGUCCUUCCAGAUGGAGCUGCGCUCGCGUCUGCUCGAGCAAGCCGUCGCCGUCGACGCGUUGCACGCCCUGCGCAAGCGUGUGCGUGCCGCCCAGAAGAGCAAGCUGGCCCUGCGCGAGGAGAUCCUGCGCAUCCGUGCCGAGCGCGACCAGGUCGCCCUGCGCAUGGACGCCCUGCGCGCGCAGCACCAAGACCGCGUCGGCCAAGCCAUGAAGACGGCCAACAUCUCGUCCACGAUGCACGACUUGGACCUGGCGAUCGAACAGGGCCGUGCUGCUCCUGAGCUGACCCCCGCCCAGCAAAAGGCGGCCGACUUGGCGAAUCUGGAGCUGACUGUGCGGCGCAUCGCUGAGCAGGUGUCGGGCGGCAGUGGUAGUUUGCAUGGCGGCGGCACACUGCAGCAGCUGGUCGACUUCAACGACUUCUUGGAGCGCACGGCCGUCUUGCUCGAGGGCCGGAAGCUGAAGCCAAAGGCCAUUGCUGCCUAG